CUUUUGGUGAUGUCACCCUCAUGAAUGCGGCUAAUGCUAACUGCUAAAUGCUCGAUUUAUAACGCUGAAGUGAAAUAAAGAUACAAUUCGCGUCACCAGUUAGACCUCAUACCAUGAAACCAUUCUAUUCUGUGUGUGGCAAUCGUUUCAGAAGUUUUGUUGCCACGUAAGGACCCGGUUUAGGUGACUGUUCGUGCGAGUGCAUGCUACAUAAAAACGGCAUUACCCAUAAGCCCCCGCGCUCUAGCCCAACCCCCUUCGCUUUUGGCGACCAAAUUAAAUCACAGGCGGGAGACGGAGAGUUCGAGUCCCAUCCCGGCAGGGCGAGUGGCAUUUUUAUUGCCUGGAAAUCUUAGUUUUAUGACCAUCCGGCAUCCAUCCGUCGACGGUCGUAACCGUGCACGGGAACAGCAGACGUUUCGAAGAGUUUAUUUCGGGUGGAUCCAAGUUAGCCGAGUGACUCCACAGGCUCACGAUGAUCAUGAAGGGACAGAAGCGCAAGCUCCCUCAGGACGAGCUGGAGGACAUGGAACGCUGCGCCUCGUUGGAGAACCAGCGGCAGUUCAUCUUCUCCGUGUCCCUGAACAAGUACCAGCAGAGCCAGGAGCUGCCCGAGCCCAGCCUGCGGCGGUCGGUGCUCAUUGCCAACACCCUGAGACAGGUCAGCAUGGAGCCCUGCAGCUCGCAGGACGUGCCGGUCCUGGCUGAACUCGACCAGGCUGGAACACCUUCAGGGGCGCCGGCUUGGGAGCAUCAGACCGGAGCGGCCCACUCAGGCUCUGCAGCCAGCUGCCCCACCACUGAGCCUGAAGAAGACUGGGAGUCCAUGUCCAGCGAUCCGGACCUGUCCAUCACGGCCGCCAUCUCUUCCAUCAUCACUGCACUGGAGUGUAGCACCGAGCCCUCUGCUGCUCCACGAACCCCCCUGAGGUCUUUGGAGAACCUGGAGCUGCCUCCAGAGAUCAAAUAUGGCAUGAGGCUUAACGGGACUUGGGAUCGUGAGGAGGAGACCAGCGUGGAGGCGCUGAAGUCUAGCUACCUCCACGAUGUUACCAUGGAGGAUCUGUUCCAGGACAUCGACACGUCCCUGCUGGAGAGAGACAUGGGGGUUUUGGGUUUGAGGGGCAGCAGCUCGGGAGACGACCUCCUCAUGUACCUUCCCACGUUCCCAGCUUCUUCCCAGCCCACCAAGUGCCUUCCGUCCUUCUCCUCCUUUGCGUCACCGUCGUUCUCCUCCCCGUCCUUCUCUGCGCCGCCGUCCUUCUCGGGCCAGAGUCCUCUGAGGGAGGCGCUGGAUCUGGACCACCUGAUGGAGAUUCUGGUGGAGUCUUGAUGAAACUGAACUGCACAUUUUAAAGACUAUUUAGACUAUUUUAAUGUGGUGAAGAGACUUCCGCGCCCGAGCCUGUCUGCCUGUUUUUUACUGCUGCGCGGUGAGACCGUCGAGUCAUUUCAAACGUCCCACGGUCGCCCUGCACAGCCGCGUCAACUGUGGGACUCAAAUACAUCAAUGCAGUAUUGUUUACACUGUCCGAAACUGUUGCUACAAUGGUUGAAUCACUAACGUUACAGAGACCCGGAGUCUGUCAGGGAGUCGUACCAGCGUCCUGCAGCGUUACGCUCAUGACGUCAGGGUUUUGUGUCACCGAUGUCCUCGUUUUGCACGAUAUCUACCUGGUGGAGGUGCGGGUGCUUUUCUCCCACAGACGGUCUCUGCCCGACCUACAUCCCAAGUCUCGCCUCGUGAGGUUUACGUUCCAAUGAAGGAAGCGAUCCAACGGCCGCUGCACGACUGAACAGGGUUUUGUGUGUCCUUUUGUUGUCGGCUGGAGUUCUCAGUCAGCUGUUUGAAUUCUCAAGUUCUGAGCGGCAGAGAAUAUGCAGUAGGUGGUGCUAGAGAGACGCGAUGAAGACUUUAAGUCUUUAUAUUUUUUCUUCUCUGACGAGAAGACUAAAUGACGAACUGCCAUUUUGGGAUCAGAUCCCAACCAAAACUUUCAGAGGGAAAGUUACAGACGAUCACAGCAGGACUCUCCUCGUACAGGUCCUCUUCUGUUUGUAUAUAGUUCUUUUUUUGUACAGAUGUAUUUUUGCAGUGCUCCUCUGCAGUGACCUUUUUUUCCCGUCACGUCGCUCCAGCUGGACCCUAUUUAAAAUGUUUUAAACGUCCGCAGAUGUCUGUUGAAUAUUUAUAAAAGCAGUUUUCAAUCAAUUUGACGUUUAAAUGUUUUUUUCACUGAGCUGUUGUCAAACCCUUUUUUUUUUUACCUUUU